GUCUACUACCGUCUGUCACGCAGUUGUUUCGUCUCUGUUAUCUGUGGUAUGUUCAGUCAGCCAUGUUUAGUGUUUGAAAUGGUGGUGCCUCUAAAUCUUUGGUGAUUAAAAAAUAUAUAUAAGUGGAUAUAUUAUUGUUAUUAUAUUACUAACAACAGUGCCUGUGAAUUUUCAAUGCAUUUUGUGAAAAGUGAGUGAUAUAAGGCUAUAAAAAUGAAUUGGGGUAUCGAGCUUUGGGAUCAAUAUGAUAACUUAGCCACCCAUACUCAUAAAGGUAUCGAAUUCUUAGAUAAAUAUGGGAAUUUUGUGAAGGAACGGUGUGCUAUAGAGUUAGAAUAUGCUGGCAAAUUAAGGAGGCUUGUGAAGAGCUAUCAACCAAAAAGAAAGGAAGAAGACGAAUACGUAUAUACAUCAUGUAAAGCAUUCAGACAGCUCCUUCAGGAGUUGGGUGAUUUUGCUGGUCAGAGGGAGUUGGUGGCUGAGAAUUUACAGUCGAACGUUGUACGAGAGUUACAUUUACUAGCUAAGGAGCUGAGAGAGGCUAGGAAGGGACACUUAAACGACGGUUCAAAGCAAAUGGCCGUCCUUAGUACGGCCGUGGGAGCGUUGGAGCGUGCGCGUCGUUCAUACGAGAGGGCGGCGCGGGAGUCGGAGCGUGCACUGGAAGCCUUCCAGCGGGCGGACGCGGACCUGCACCUCAGUCGGGCCGAGGUCGAGAAACAGAAGAUGAACAUGAAAUUAAGAAGUCAAGCGUGCGAGGACGCGAAACAGGAAUACAUGGACCAACUGAGGAAGACCAAUGAGGCACAGAGGCAGCACUACGAACAACAGCUGCCGCACGUUUUUAAACAGUUACAGGAUUUGGACGAGAAGAGAAUAAAACAUAUAAAGAAUUUCAUGAUCAGCUCAGUGGAUGUCGAGAGGAAGGUGUUUCCGAUUAUAAUGCAAUGUCUCGACGGUAUGGAACAGGCCGCCAAGAAUAUAAACGAGAAAGAGGACACUCAGCUAGUAAUAGAGAGGUACAAAUCUGGUUUCGUCCCGCCUGAAGACUUCAGAUUUGAACCCGCGACUGGCGCUGACGCCACGGACUCUGUACCAGCCCCUACCCACAACCAUAUCACAGUUAGAGGCACGGUGUCCGGUAACCGGAUCAAGAAGAGAGGUGGCCUGCUCUCUAUAUUCAGCUCAAACAAGAAUAACUUGUCGGUCGAUGGAAAGGAGGAUUAUUCAGAUUUACCGCCCAACCAGAAGAAAAAGAAACUUCUAGCUAAAGUACACGAAUUGACCAAGCAGGUUGGCCAAGAACAAGCUGCUAUGGAGGGUCUUAUGAAAAUGAAAGGGGUCUACGAAACAAAUCCCACACUGGGCGACCCUAUGACUGUGGAAGGUCAGCUUAACGAAUGUUGUGAUAAACUAAAGAAGCUACGCCUUCAACUACGCAAAUACGAAGAGCUACUGGCGGAAGCGAACAACCAGGUGUGCGCCCAGCCCAUACACUCCAUCAACAAGACUAACGGCGCCCCCACACAGGCCACGAGCAUCGGUUCGAACAGCGGUUCCCUAUCCCGCUCAGCGUCCGAAUCCUCCGUGAGUACGGGUACCGGCACUAACACUGGCAACACCGUCAUGGCGGUGUCGUCCCGGGCCGCGGGGGGUUCCCCGGAGUCGGGUCUCGGCGGCGAGCUGGCCGCGGGUCACGCGGAACACGCCAACGGUCAUGACCACGAUGACCACGACCACGACCACGACGACCACGAGUCCGACUUCGAUUAUUAUUACGAGCCGGACUUACAGCCACUAGGUUACUGCAAGGCGCUUUAUGCUUUCGAAGCGAACGGCACCGGUUCAACGAUGCGUAUGGAGUGCGGCGAGAAGCUGCUGGUGUUGGAGACGGACGCUGGUGACGGCUGGACGAGGGUGAGGCGGUCGCUCACCAGGGAGGAGGGCUUCGUACCCACCACGUACAUCGCCACCACGCUGUACGCGGACGUGCAUCACUAGCUGAUAUAGCAUCGCUUAUGAAUGGCGUUGUCUUGGUGAUUCCACGAUCACUGUGUGAAGUUAUCGGACUGUAGUCACAGACCUUGUGCAAUCACUAGCGAUGUAGCUCGAACGAUAAGUGUUCUCGGUGGCCUAUAUAUUAACGUGUAUUUUUGCUAUAAUUUAUCGAUAUCGAAAUUAGUAUUAUAAUAUUAUUAUAUAUAUAUUUUUCAUCUAAUAUUUCCUUUUAAAGAGCUGAUUGUCCCGUAAGCGAAGUGGUAAUCAUAAUAACAUUCCAUGAUCUUAUUUAUUUUGUUUUUGUAUAUUAUGUGUUAUGUGGCGUACAUAUUUUUCAUGUAUUGUCGUAUAACUUAGUUAUAUAAAAUUUUUAUUUUUUAUUACUUGUAACACAUUUAGAUCUUCGUUGUGCCAGCCUGUUUACCUGUUAGGGUUUUUUCGUACUUAUGAUAGAUGUUUAUGCUUUUGUGAUUCGAAUAAUUGAAAGAAAGAAAAAAAUAAAAAUAAAAUGUUUAUACGAAAUUAUAGCAAAAAUAAAUUUAUAAUGAACUGUAAUAUAUGUAAAAUUUUUUGACAUUAAAAUCCAUUCGACACAUUGGCUAACUAGUGAUGGAGUGUAUCGAUGUCACACGAUGUAUUAUAGUAUAGUAUGCUUAUGUUAAAUGAUUCUACGUAGUAUUAAACGCGCUAGCUAAUUGUGGUUAUUAGCCAAUGCUAUUUUUCAGAAUAUUUGCCGUACGCAAGAAAUCUAUUGUAUUUAUAUAUAGCGAGAAGUUGAACGUGACGGAUGAAUGAGUGUAUUUGAUUUUUUUUUAUAUAAAAUAAAACUAUACGAUGACAAA